UGGGGAAACGUAAAAAAAGUAAACUGUCAAAUUUAUUUUUGUUUAUGAUUUAGUCAAUUACUCAUUUCAUUUGACAUCAAUCAUUUUGCUUUGGGCGAAUCGUACAUUUUUGCCAAAUAUUAUUCUGCAGUAAUAGUUUUAUAUUCCCGCUUCAAAAAUGACUGAAAGUCAGGAAAAUAUUUUCCUCUUUGUUCCUAACAUUAUUGGUUUUGGGAGAGUAAUCCUUGCAAUUAUAUCCUUUUAUUUUAUGCCAACACACUGUAUUUUGGCGUGUGUUUGCUAUGUUACUUCUGCCUUAUUGGACGCUAUCGAUGGGCAUGCCGCAAGAUACUUUAAUCAAAGCACGAAGUUUGGUGCAAUUCUGGAUCAACUUACUGACCGUGCGGGCACUGCUUGCCUCAUGAUGACCCUGGCAACAUUUUACCCACAGUACACAUUCUGGUUCCAAAUAUCCAUGGCGAUUGACAUCACAUGCCACUGGAUGUACCUCCACACUGUUACCCUGCAGGGCAAGGCUUCUCACAAGUUCAUUGACAUGUCUGAGAAUCCUAUCAUGCGCAUCUAUUACACAAACAAAUUGGUUCUCUUCUUCAUGUGUGCUGGUAAUGAGGCUUUCUAUGCUGCUCUCUAUGUAAUGUACUUCUACAGUGGACCUACAGUUCUGGGAGUUGGCCUGUACAAGCUGAUCGCUAUCAUCUCAGCACCGGUAGCUAUUGUGAAGGCUGGCAUAUCAGUUCUGCAGGGUGUUGUUGGAGCCAUCAACUUGUCGACCAUUGACAUCAAUGAGCGGGCCGCUCUGGCUGCUAAACAAAAGAAUUAAACACAAUACAACUAGGUCACAAGCAGAAUGUUAAUGCUAUUCAAAGAUUUGAAAUGCCCAUUUAAUUUGAAUUCAAUUUGAUUCCUAAAAUGUGCAUAAUAAAGUUAACUGUUAAAGUAAAGCUAGUCACCCAAGAAUUUACACUUAAGUUUUACAAAAAUCUGCUUUGGAUUAUUUAUUUCGUUAUUACCAAAAGGGUUAUUGUGAAGAUCGUGGUCUGCAUGUUUAUGUUGUAAGCACUUCAAGUUGUAAUAUUAUAUAUGUAACUGGUUUACAUUUAUUUCAAUAAUCUGCUAAUGUACAUGUCACUAACAAUACUAGUAGUUGCAUGGUGGUAAUUAACUCUGUUGUUAAUUUGUUAAUUUAUAAUUGUUUUAUUUUAUGUUAAUUCACUAUGAUUUAAUUGUUGAGACACAUGUAUAGUUUGCGAAUCUCCAUUUGUAAUGUUGCGAAUAUUAAUUAAGCUAGUUGUUUCUCGUAAACUAGUUGACAAAAAUACCAGGCCUUCCUCAAUGAGGUCUACUCCUAUUCAGUCUUCUUUGUGAGCUUGAACAAAAAUAAUAUUUUAUGGUUAUGGUAGUAUGUAAUUGGUUUCAUGUGGAUGUGAUGUCUUUGUGGUGCAAUUAUUAUAUAGUAGUAUGUAGUGUCUACCCAUUGAUCCAUCAUUACUGUUGUAAAAUGUGAACUUCCAGUAGGGAUAAUUGUUUUCUCAAGGGAAAGGUUUUCUACUUUCAUCGUAAUUUAAUCCAUUCGCAUUUAUUAUUCCGGGUUUUAUAGAUUUUUAUUUUUAGACACCUUUUUAUAUUUUCUUUUAAUUUAUUUACAUUCCAUCCAGUACAGAGUAAAAUAAUAAAUUUUAUCUUUGUUUUUUACUUUUAGUCUAAACUAUUUGUAUAACACAUGUUUACAUUACUUCAUUUUGGUAAAAGCAUGCUGUAAAACAUGAUAAUAUUUAUGACAGAGAAGAUAAAAAUAUAAUCUUUAUAUCUUUAAGAGGUGAUGCCAAUAAUGUUGCGAAACCUUUACAAGUAAGUGUUAAAAAUAAUGUUUAUUUGCUCUUAUUAUAUUUAUGAUCUGUUUCCUAUUGGUUUUGUUAUGAAAUAGAAGAGUGAUUGUGAAGUUAAAUAAACUUGUAAUUAAUAAUUGUCUAAUUUAUAUUACGUGAUUAUUUUAUCAACAAACUCUUAUUAUUUAAUUGAAAUAUCAAAGACAGUAUAAAUUACUUUCAACCACUCAUUAUAAUAUGAGCAAAAGGAAGAAGUGAUAAUCAUUAUAUACUUGUACGCAUUUUUAUGAACAAAUCUCUUCUUCAUUGAAGUAGAAUUAUAAAUGUUUAUGAUGUCAUCACAAUCUAGUUGGUUAUUAUGUUAGAAUGUGUGUGUAGGUGUACUUCCAAGUGUAUGAUAAUAUUGUACCUAUGUUUAUUCUAAAAUCGAUCUCUGGGCAAAAUAUAUUUAAUUUUAACAAAAGUGAAAUGAAUAAUGUUGUACAAUCUGGUAGGCUGAGCCUAAUAUUAUGUAUAAUUGAUAUUUGUAUAUUAUGUGUUGACCCCAAUAAAAGUGAAAAGUAA